AUGGCUGACCCGCAGGUCCCUGCAGAUGCAGUCCAACAAGCUCAAGUUGUCUUACCAAACCAAGCACAAGAAGGUCAAGCACCGGCGGCGUUAGCAGAACAAGCUCAAGCACCAGUAGCGCCAGAGGAACAAGCUCAACCCCCUGCACAAGCGCCAGUGCAAGCAAACGAAGUUUCUUUGGAGGUUUGUGAAACUUUAUUUUAUCCGUUCGUUGCCACGUGUUUCGUUCUGGUUCUCUAGUAUUUCGCUUCCAAACCUUGUAGGUUGUUUGCCCUACGCGAGCUGUUUUUCAUUUCCACUUAGUAUAUUAUUUGCCCUGCUUCUUAACCUUUGCCCGCUUUUCUACGGGCUGUGCGGGCUAAAUUUUGUUGGAUAUAUUAUUCGCCCUGCUUCUUAACGGUUGCCCUCGUUUCGUAUGGGCUGUGCGGGCUAAAUUUUGUCUGAUAUAUUAUAUGCCCGGCUUUUAACGUUUGCCCUCGUUUCGUGUGGGCUGUGCGGGCUAAAUUUUGUUGAUAUUUUAUUUGCCCUGCUCUUAACUUUUGCUUCGUUUCGUGUGGGCUGUGCGGGCUACAUUUUGUUUGAUAAAUUAUUCGCCCUGCUUUUAACGUUUGCCCUCGUUUUAUAAGGGCUGUGCGGGCUAAAUUUUUAUUUGUAUAUUCGUUCUGCUUCUAAAAGUUUACCUUCGUUUCGUGUGGGCUAGUGCGGCAUAUAAUUUUGUUUUGUUUACCGUAUUACACUGUAUUUAAAUUGCUUUUAAAGUUUACCCUCGUUUUGUGUGAGCUCAGCGGGCUAUAUCUUGUUUUGCAUAUUAUUUGCCCUGCUUUUAACGUUUGCCCUCUUUACGAGUGGGCUGUGCGGGCUAAAACUUUGUUUUGUAAAAUAUUCGCCCUGCUUUUAACGUUUGCCCUCGUUUCGUGUGAGCUGUGCGAGCCGUAUUUUGUUUUGUAUAUUAUUCGCCGUUAUAAACUAUUUGCCCCUUUAUGUGGGCCUCGCGGGCUAUAAUUUUGUUUGGUUUGUUUUUCGCCCUGAUUCUCAACCUUUGCCCUCUUUUCACGUGGGCUUCGCGGGCAAUUCUGAAUUCGUAUGCUUGUUUAUGUAGCUAUAUAUGUUUAUGUAGCUAUAUAUGUAUCUAUAUGUAGCAAGUACAACGCAACCGCCAUAACAUUGAAUGAAAACAACGAAAAAGUCUUCACCUCUUACAUCAAGCAAAACAUCAAUAAUGCUCUAACUGAGCAUCAACUUACCCUCCUUAAAACAAAUAGAAAAUUGAAUUUUUAUACUACCUUUAAGAACGAUAAUAAAAAAGCAGAAUUCUUAAAUAUGAUUAAAAACCCACUUCACAAAACAGCACUCAAUAAAUUUCGACUAGGAAAUCAUCGAUUACAUAUUGAAACAGGCAGACACACAGUACCUAAAACUCCCGAAAAUUUAAGAAUAUGUUAUCUAUGUCAGACAAAUGAAGUUGAAAAUGAACUUCAUUUUCUAUUCUUCUGCAAACUUUAUGACAAUUUACGUCUAAAAUUCUUCAGUGAAAUAUCUGAUAGAUAUACACUUUUCAAGGACUUAGAUGUGACUUCAAAACUUUUAUUUCUCUUUAAUAGUAUAGAUCCCUCUGUUUGUAGAUCAAUUGCUGCUUUUGUUUUUGAAUGUAUGCGUUACAGACAUGAUAUGUUAUUUCAGAAAAGAAUAUAAUCUUUUUAUUUUGCUAUAUAUUUAUAAAUGAUAUAUUUGUACUUUAUUCAUAAAUAUUAGAUAGGUAAUGCCAUGUAUAGAUAUGGAAAUACCUUAAUAAAUUGUCGUUGUUGUUGUUUAUUUUCAUCUUUAAACCCCCUUUUAGUUUUGCUCCGCGUACAGUUCGUUUAGUUGUUGCGCCUCCUUGUUUGCCCUUUUGUUUUAUUCAUUUGCGUAUUUACCGCUCGAUUACACCGGCAGUCCCGCUGGGGCUAGUUUAUUUUGCCUGUUGUAUUUAAUUUUGUUUGCUUUUUCUCUCCCGAUCUUUUAUUAUAAAAGCUGUUUAUUUAUUAUUGCCUUGAAUUUAUUCUUGGAUUUUAUUAUCGAUGUUUUGUCGCUUUUAGGGCCUAGUUUUGACUGCCCAUUUUCUUUUUUAGGCCUUACAACAGCGUAUUAAAGCUCUCGAAAGUGCCCAAGGCACCUCAGUCGAGUCAUUGAUACAGAGAAUUUCAUAUUAUGGUGGCAGAAGAGUUGAGGACUUCGACAAGUACAAAGCGCUUCGUUACGCCGAAGAAUUAGCUUCUGUUGCAAAGUCCUCCAGUCACCCCAAGGCCGCCAGCUAUGAUGUUAUCGCUUCGACUUUGAGAGAGAAGCUCCACGUCCCAGCUGAGCAGUUCAAGGCGUAUUUCCUUGCUUUGUUUGCUGACAAGGAUUUUUCCCGUGUUAUCGAAACGAUCUCGAAGGUUGACAAGUCUUUCCAGCGGUCCACACCAUUUCGCACACAGACGCGUAGAGGAAGUUUGCCAUAUCGGCAACCGUAUUUUCAAGCCUAUCAGCGGCCACCCUCUCGCGUUAUUUGUUGCAAAUGUGGUGAACCAGGGCAUAAGUCACCCCAGUGUUGGAAGCGCGCUCCUUCUCGUCAGCCUUCUUCUGCUGCUCAGCCUCGAUUUAACCAUCCUUCAACAUAAUUUUGUUGUAUCAUCUUAUGCAAUAAAGAUUUUCCUUUAGGCGAAUAGUGCAUUGUUUUUACUUGCCUUAUGUUUCCUUUAUUUUUUGUUAUUUCGGGGUUACCGUCUUUAAUCCUUCACCCUUUUAUCCCUUAAUACCGACUUACAUUUUUAUAUAUUUUAUUUUGCCCACUCGCUAUAGUGUUCUCCACUCGCUGUAUUGUUGUCCACUCGCUAUAUUGUUCUCGCUCCUCUUUCUUCUUCCCUCGGGUGGCAUUCUCAAGGGGAACGAAUGUUCCCUCUCGGAUUACCGGGGCUGAGUUUGCCAUUCCCUGGGCCUUACCUAUUCUUUCUUCUGUUCUAGUUUUUCAAGACGCCUUUUCAUGACUGGAAAAGACUCCCAACUUUGAUCCUGCCAAGAUUUCUGUUAACUCGCCACGUUGGGUCAAUUAUAAGGGAUCUCUUCUCACUGAGGCCCAGGAAAUGGCAGACAACGCCCAUAUUAGUCAAGAUUUCAUCUCCUCAGUUAUCGCGGGAGAAGCGUUUGCCGACGCCUCCCUUUUGGCCUUCCGUGACUCAAGUUCCUUUAGAGCGGGUGAACUCCAUCGCCAUAUAGAUCAAUGGGACAAGUUAUUUCAAUCGUCUGAUAACAAUUUCUCUGAAGUACUGGACUGGAUUCAUAACUUUAUCCACGUUGACAAGUUUUUUACCCAUUAUAAAGGAAGCUAUAAGGAAGUCAAUUAUGACUGCGACAGACCGCCUGCUCGCAUUUUUGCUAAUCAUCCUUCUUGUAAGGCGUUUGCCCAGUUUAUUUCUGAUUCUCUUAUCGAGAGAUUAGCUUCAGGCGCCAUCUCCCUCUGGGGCAAGGUAGGGGAAUGUCCACCUCCACACCUGGUCAUGCCGCUUACAGUAGAACCUACCAAACCACGCCUUUGUAAUGACGACAGAUUUCUCAACCUUUGGACUCAAGACCGCCCUUUUAAAUUGGACAGUGUUCAGCACUUACCCAAGUAUGUUCUCCCUGGCUUCUUUCAAACUGUCUGCGAUGACAAAUCCGGUUACGACCAUAUCCAACUCUCAGUGGACAGCCGGAUAUUUUUUGGAUUCGAGUGGGGCGGAUGGUUUUUUGUCAGUUGUGGUAUUCCAUUUGGUUGGAAAUCGUCCGCCUACAUUUAUCACUCCACUAGCCUCCUUGCCUCUCAUUAUCUACGGUCGUUUGGCAUUCCAUCUUCGCUGUACAUCGACGACCGUCACAGUAGUCAGCUUUCUUUCCCUAAUGGUUGUCUUCCGGUUGCUUAUCAAAAUUUGCCCUCCCAGGAUAGCAUUAAUUUGGCUUUAGCCAACGCUGCUAUCUUUCUUACGUGUUUUAUCCUUUCCUCCCUCGGUUAUUUUAUUGGUUUGGAUAAAUCGACUUUGGUACCUUGCAAGCAAGUCCCUUACUUGGGUUUUAUUUCCGAUUCUGAGAAACAGGCCUUCAUUUUAUUGCCUCACAAGAAAAAAAAGUUUCUUACUCUUCUCAAGCAGGCUCUUAGUUCAGAAUCCAUCGACCUGAUUACUCUCCAAAGGUUAGGAGGGAAGUGCAUUUCAAUGGUUCUGGCCGUGCCAGUUGCAAGGCUUUAUACAAACGAAAUUAACUUGGCCCUUUCUCGUGCUGUGCGCUCAUCUCGACCGGUCAAACUAUCCGGGCCCUUGAGACAGGAGUUGGAGCAUUGGCUCUUUUUGGAAACCUGGAACGGCUUCCUUCCUUGGCGUUCCGAGAAACACUGCCAUUUUCGUUUGUUCUCGGAUUCUUCCUCUUUUGCUUGGGGAGGUGUAUUGAGUCCGGGUGCCAUUACUGUUAGCACUUCCGACUACUGGGAUUCUUCUGUUAUUGGGGCCGACAUUGCUACCAAGGAAACUCUUGCCCUCAACAAUGCCUUACAAUCCUUUGGGAAUACGGUCAGAAACUCAUGGGUGGAUGCAUUUGUUGACAGUCAGGUUUUGCUUCACUCUUGGAACAGGCGUGGUUCCCGUUCCCACUCUUUGGUGACCGCUCUUAAGUGCUUGUUUCAAACUACCAUGCAUCUUAACGUUGAUCUGCAUGUCUACUAUGUUCCUGGCCCUGAGAACCCUGCGGAUUCUCCCUCCCGUUGGCUAAGCUUUCAGGACUCUAGACUUAGUCCAAAAACGUGGGAUUUGGGCCUUAUUCCCAAGGUCUUUAAGUAUCUUAAUAGCCUUAAGUUGCCAUACACCCUUGUUGUCCCAGACGUGAUCCCACGUCGUUUUUGAUGGCCUUUGCUUCUGUCUGCAUGCUCUUCCAGCUCCUUGCUAGCCUCUAAAGGGGCUAGUGGCGUUCUUCUCACCCCUUCCGGGGAUGGCAUCUUGGGUGACAGGCCGAUCCCCUGGGACCUUUGGGUUUUCCGGAUUUCAAAUAAUUAGACUCGCAGUAUUUCAUACUGUUUAAGGAUUAUCAAGCAAGCAAAUCCAUUUUGCUGUUGCAUUUGAUGUGUUUCUGUCAUUAAGAUGUAAUUUCAAUAAAGUCAUCGAGUCUUGUACUUUUCGUCUCUCCUUGAUUUUAUUUAGUUAUUUUCAACUAUAUUUGGUAUUUAUUCUCAUUUAGUCUUUCAUCUGUCUUCCCUAUUAGGAUCUCCCACAAGUACAGCGGUUUUUUAUCCCCGCUGUAGCUUGCCCUUCAUGUGCUUAUGCCAACGACCAUUUGUUUCGUUUUUGCCAAAUGUGUGGCUACAAAAGAAAGUCAGUCCCACGUCAGCCUGCCUCGAAAAUAAAAGUGGAUCUCGCAGCCAUUGAUGCUCGUUUACAACAGCUUACACAAACGGCCAACACGUCUUCGUAUUCAAAACAAAAAUCCUCUUUGCGCGUGGAGUUUGAAACCUUUUUAGCCUCUUUGCCUAAUACAAAGUCUAUCUAUUCCGCCACCCCCGAAGAUGUUUCACGUUUUCUGAUUUGGAAAGAUGGUCACGGGAAAAGGGUUGUCCAUGUAGCUGAAUGUGUAAAUGCCCCAAACCAAGAUGCUUCUGAUUGCGGUUGCCCCAAGCGACUCGCGUUUAAAACCGUGGAUUCCUGUAUUGGAAAACUUCGUACAAUAUUUAACGAGGAAGGCCGUUCUGGCGAAUGGAAUAGUAUGCUAGGUUUUGGUAAUCCUGCUGCUUCUUCUCCAGUCCAAGGUUAUCUUAAGGCUGUAUCUGAGGAACAAUUGCGUGCUCAUAUCGUCCCCAAGCAAGCAGUCCCGUUUUUUCUACCGAAGCUCUUACUUCUGGCAAGGUUAUGGGAUAGAAAAAUGGCGGAUCCGGCAGUCAGCCCUUCCGCUCUCUUUAUUCUGGCUCGAGAUCAAGCAAUUGUAAUUGUAAAUAUCUUAUUAUCCACUCCCCUCAGGGCUUUUCAGGGAUAAUUUACAACACUGUUUGGGGGACUUUGCCAGACUGCUUAAGGUGCAGUUUACAAGUAGUGAAGGAAUGAGUAAUGAUGCCCCCAUACAUGAGUGUGAAAGUGAGAUAGGCCACUACACCGGGCACUACGUGCCCUACUCUUUACGAAGAGUGUGUGGGUUCUUUAACGUCCCACAGAUUUAAUACAUGUGCAAGGGCUUGUGAGACGGGGCCUACGGUUUAUCGUCCUUAUCCGAGAAGACUAGAGAGUCUAGCCGUUUGCAGAUAUUAUUACAAAGGCAGCACUUUCUCCUCAGUUAUUUAAAGACCCUGAGUGUUGGUCCGGCCGGGGUUUGAACCCGCGACCUCCCGCUCAGUAGACCAGGGCUCUCCCAACUGAGCUAACCAGGCGGCGGUCAAAACUCUAUUCUUCAGCGCGGAUAGAGGUUCUGAUCUGGGAUGUGUGAAAACCGCAGAAAUUAUGCGUUUCCCUAAAGACGAUGGCUUUUUAUUUAAUCAUGUUUGGGGUAAAACUUUACGAGACGGCGCCUAUAACGUCUUUGGAAUUCGUCGCCAUUCAAAUCCCCAGCUUUGCCCGGUCAAGGCAAUUGAAACAUAUGUGGCUGUCGCCUCAGAACUACGCAUAACUCUCUCCAACGGCUACUUAUUUCGCCCCACUAAUCACCAGGGUCAUAUCGUCAAUAAGCCCCUUACAAGUUCUUCCGCAGAAGCCCGCUUGAAAUAUUAUUUAAAGGACGCGAAAAUUGAUGAAGGCGAGACUCUGCACGGUUUCCGCUCGGGCUCCGCCAUUACCCUCGCUUUGUCUGGAUCACAGCUCGCUGAUGUGAUGUCCCACGUGGGUUGGUCCAACAAGGGUACUGCCCUUUACUACAUCAAGUUAGCUGAAGUUCUUCGUGAAGGAUCUCCUUCUGACUUAUUGUCUUCAAACGAGUUGGCGGCCUCCGCCUCCACAACUUUAUAUGCGGAUCUUAAUCGCUUAAAAGACUUCGUUUCUGCGUUUCCUCGUUCCUAA